CAUUCUGGACAGUUCAUAUAGAGUUGUAGGAUGGCACAAGACAUGACGGAGAAAGACCUUCUGAAGAUGGAGGUUGAGCAGUUACGGAAAGAGAUCAAAACAGAAAGGGUGUUGGUCUCCAAAUCUGCUCAAGAAAUGAAGGCAUUUGUGGAAUCUCUAGCAACAGAAGAUCCUUUGAUUAAAGGAGUACCAGAAGAUAAAAACCCAUUUAAAGAGAAGGGAGGCUGCGCUGUGUCCUGACACUAACACUAAAUUGGAUUC